UUUUUUGCUCUCAUAUGCUGCUCUGCUCUAUCCUCCCUGACAGCUGGUGGGUUGCAGUGGCUACAGUCCAUACCCUAUUUAGAGGAGCCCAACCCAGAAUCAAAUCAUAACACCUCAAUUCAAAACUCUCCUUUCUAUAUAAAUAACGCCAAAGCUCAUUCAACCUCUACCUUUCAUAUUUACUGCUUCUAUUAGUAUAGUUAGUAGCAGCAGUGCCAGUAACAACACCUGCUAGACGCAGCUCAAGCAAGAGAAAAGAAAAGCUUACUCAUUCUUAUGGCAGGCAAAGAAAACGACACAAGGUUUAUUAGUAACAAGCACGCCUGUGAGCCUUGCAGAUCCUUUGGUCAAAAGUGCAGCCAUUUGGUUAAGAAGCAGCGAGCCAAAUUCUACAUCCUCCGCCGCUGCAUUGCAAUGCUUGUCUGCUGGCGUGACCGCGGCGAGCCUUAAGGGGCCUGCUUGCUUUCAUCGUCUCUGCUUGUAUAGAAGUGUAAUUAAAAGAAGUGCUUUUGAUUAAUAUUACUAGUAUAAUUGUAGGUCAUUAUUAAUUUGAAGGGUAAGAAAAUUAUAGUGUUACAUGAGUUUUAUCUAGCCUUCUGCAAGAAAAAUUCUAGAUCUGUUUUAGGUUUCGGAUAUUUCCCUUAGGUGAAUUGUCCUUUUUUUUUCCCUUUAUCUUCUUGUUGAAAAAUGAGGAAUGGUUUCUUGAGUCCGUAUGAUUGUUGUAAUGGUUGCUUCUAUCUUCUUUUCUGUUGCUGCUUUUUCUUUCUUA